AUGGAAUACACAGAUCUUGGGAAAGUUAGUGAAGAGAGCUACAAUACCUUGAUUAAUCCUGUUGUAAACUCUCAAUUAAAGUCUCUCUAUUUAGCUCACAACAGAUGGUUGAGGGAUGAACACAUCUAUAUGUUUGCUUCCGUUCUCCCUAAGUUACAACUCUUCGAUUUGAGGGAUUGUUGGGGCAUAUCUGAAGAAGGUAUUGGUCAUAUUUUAAGGAAAUGUAGUAAGAUUAGAUAUUUGAACUUAACCAACUGUGUUGGACUGGAGAUACUUAGAAUGAACUUUAAACUUUCUUCACUGGAAGUGUUGAACUUGUCAGAGUGUGGAAUUGAUGAUACAUCACUCUAUGCGAUCUCAAAGAGUUGCUUUGGGCUACUGCAACUUGACUUAGGAGGUUGUUGUGGUAUCACAGAGAAGGGAGUGAGGAAAGUCGUAGAAAGCUGCACACAACUGAGAGAAAUAAAUUUAAAGGAAUGUCGUAAAGUGGCUGCUGAUGUUGUCGACUCGAUGGUAUUUAUAAGGCCUUCAUUGAGAAAAAUAACAGCUCCGCCUUAUUUUCCUUGUAGUGAAAGCAAGAGGAAACUCUUCUUGCGUCAUGGGUGUCUUGUAUGCUAA